AAAUCAGUGUUAUCUAAUCAACUCCAACAACAAACCAAGUGAAGUCGCAACCUCUGCGUGCAAGUUCCUUCUUCUGCACUUGUCCAACACUCUCACUCUCACAACCAUGGAUUUGCUCUCAAUCUCCCCUUCCCACCCUUCACCUUCCCUUCGCACCCUUUCCCCAAACUCAAAGCCACCCAUUUCCUCUUUCAACCCUAAACCCUCUGUCUCCCAUUCACGUUUCUCCAAACCCAUCACAACCCCACCAAGGUGCGUCUUCACGCCCUCUCCAAUAAUCCCCUCCAAAAACCCCGACUUUCCCUCCCAAUCUCCAAAACCCACUAUCACUUUUCAGUUCUCCGCCACCCAGACGCCGGCGACGGCGUCCAGAGCCGCCGAGGGCGACGCGAUGGGGCUGUUGCUGAGGGAGAGAAUCGUGUUCCUCGGCAGCCAAAUCGACGACUUUGUGGCUGAUGCUGUCAUGAGCCAGUUGCUGCUGUUGGAUGCCCAAGACCCCACUAAGGAUAUCAGGCUCUUCAUUAAUUCCCCUGGUGGCUCUCUCAGUGCUACGAUGGCUAUCUUCGACGCUGUCCAGCUAGUGAGGGCCGAUGUUUCCACCGUUGCACUUGGCAUUUCAGCGUCAACAGCAUCUGUUAUCCUUGGUGGUGGCACCAAGGGCAAGCGCUUUGCCAUGCCAAAUACACGAAUUAUGAUUCACCAACCUCUUGGAGGUGCUAGUGGACAAGCUAUAGAUGUAGAAAUUCAGGCUAAAGAAGUUAUGCACAACAAGAACAAUAUCACAAGAAUUAUAUCAAGUUUCACUGGACGCUCAUUUGAGCAAGUGCAGAAAGAUAUUGACAGAGAUAAAUACAUGUCUCCAAUUGAAGCAGUUGAAUAUGGAAUUAUUGAUGGUGUAAUCGAUAGAGAUAGCAUUAUUCCUCUCAUGCCAGUGCCAGAAAGGGUGAAAUCAACACUAAACUAUGAAGAAAUAAGUAAAGAUCCCAGGAAAUUCCUUACUCCAGAUAUCCCAGAUGAUGAGAUAUACUAGCUUUAAAUGAUUGAAAUUGGUAUAUCCUUGAAUUCUAAGAUGUUACGGUGAUAGCAAUAUACAACAUUUUGGGUAAAGCUUGAGGAUGUUGUAACAAACCCUGAAAGAUGUAGGAUUGUCUUGCAUUUUUAACAUUGUUUCGUGUGGGUGAGUGAAAAUUAUGGUUCGGUUAUGGAGAAAAUUGUUGGUUAUCAUUGUCUU